AUGGAAAUAACUCUGAAGGCCUUUCCUCUGAAGGUGGUGACUAUCCCAUGGAGGAAUAAUAACCUCAGUACCCUGUACACAGACCCUCCUCUGUCUGAACAAGGUGAAACCAUCAUCGGAGUCUACCUGUUAGUGCUGGGAUGGCUGUCAUGGUUUGGAAACAGUUUAGUGAUAUUUGUCCUGUACAAGCACCGGGUCUCACUCCAACCAACAGAUUUUUUCACUUUAAAUCUUGCCAUUUCUGAUGCCAGCAUCUCAGUGUUUGGCUACUCUCGAGGAAUCCUGGAAAUAUUCAAUUUCUUAAAGGAUGAUGGGUAUUUAAUCACCUGGAUCUGGACCUGCCAGAUGGAUGGCUUCCUCACACUGCUCUUCGGCCUUGUAAGCAUCAACACCCUGACCGUUAUCAGCGUCACCAGAUACAUCAAGGGAUGCCACCCGCACAAAGCUCGCUGCUUCAGCAUCAACACAAUAGCAAUUUCAUUGAUCUUCAUUUGGGCAGGAGCAUUGUUUUGGUCUGUUGCUCCAUUACUUGGAUGGGGCAGCUACACAGAUCGAGGUUAUGGCACCUGUGAAGUGGACUGGUCCAAAGCCAAUUACUCCACAAUUUACAAAUCAUACAUCAUCUCCAUCCUUAUCUUCUGCUUUUUCAUCCCUGUGAUGAUCAUGCUGUUCUCCUACAUCUCUAUUAUCAACACAGUGAAAACCACGAAUGCCAUGUCGGCUGAUGGUUUUCUCUCAGCUCGCCAAAGGAAGGUGGAGAGAGACGUCACAAGGAUUUCUAUUGUAAUCUGCACUGCUUUCAUCAUGGCCUGGUCACCAUAUGCAGUGGUAUCAAUGUGGUCAGCCUGGGGCUUCCAUGUGCCAAGCACAACCAGCAUCAUCACUCGUCUCUUUGCCAAGUCCGCCAGCUUUUACAACCCGCUCAUAUACUUUGGCAUGAGCUCCAAAUUCCGCAAGGACAUCUCUGUUUUGCUGCCAUGUGCAAAAAAGAGCAGGGAAGUGGUGCGUCUGCAGCACUUUAAAGACCUCAAACCAAAGUCCGAGACCCCACCACCACCUGCGUCACUUCCUGUCCAAAGCCUGGAGGUGAAAUACAAAGCAAGGGAGUUGAACCAAUCCAAUCAUGACAGCGACUCAGGAGUUAACAGUCUUCCUCAGACCCCUCCGCAGAUCUUCCACAUUGAUAUGCCAUCGCACAUUGAAACAUCAGAGUACUGGUGUGACAGACUCUGA